AUGUCUGACAACCAAGAUCAUCACGAGCAAACCUUCGAAACUGCCGAUGCCGGUGCUUCUCUUACCUAUCCCAUGCAAUGUUCUGCCUUGAGAAAGAACGGCCACGUUGUCAUUAAGGGUAGACCUUGUAAGAUUGUUGAUAUGUCUACCUCCAAGACCGGUAAGCACGGUCACGCUAAGGUUCACUUGGUUGGUAUUGAUAUCUUCACUGGCAGAAAAUACGAAGAUCUCUCUCCUUCCACCCACAACAUGGAUGUCCCUAACGUUACUCGUCAAGAUUAUGCUCUUAUCAACAUUGAUGAUGGUUACCUUUCUUUGAUGUUGAACGACGGUACUACCAAGGAUGAUGUCAAGCUCCCCGAAGGUGAACUUGGUGAAAAGAUGGAAGAAGAAUUCGAAGAAGGCAAGGAAUUGAUUGUUUCCGUUGUCUCUGCUAUGGGUGAAGAACACGCUUUGUCUUACAAGGAAGCCCCCAAGGCUUAA